CUUAAAGGAGAACUAAAACAAAAACUUCCAGAGUCGGGAUGUAGACUAUCUAUGCUCCUUUAGUACGCAGGUGCCUUAGCAUCCUACCUUUAGACUCUUAAGCGGUCGCAGGUAACUGAUGCAAGCAAGCUUUUCAGGAACUGAAAAAUAGGAGGAAGUGAAAAUGAAACAAUGCUCGUCCCGCGGGAAAAAAAAGAGGGAAUCGGUCGUUCAGGAAAGGGAUCUAGAGAGCUGCGCAGGAUCAGUUCUGGUUACUAUUUAGAGCGCGACCAUCUGGAAAACUAGGCCAGAUUGAGAAAUCAAAAGCAUAGAGAGCAAUGGCAACUCAUUUUGGUCUCCGGCUAAGAAAACUGCGUGGAUAUGUCCGUUUAAAUUGCCAAGAGUCAAGCGCCAUUCGAAGACGACUUUGCCUGUUCUUUAGCUUCCUGGCAUGUCUCGGUGGUGUUCCUCGUCCGGCAGAAUCCUUGGAAGUAAGCAUGUCACGUCAGAAGACAGCAGAGUUAGGUGCAAAUGUGAUACUUCUAUGUGAAAUCUCUGGUUACCCUGGUCCAGAACUGGAUAUCAACAAAACAGCUGUCAUCUGGUAUUUGAAGACAUCUGAAGAGGGUAAAAUAGAAACACUUUAUUCAGUUAUUGCUGGAGACCAUUAUUCAAACAGAACUGGUUCGAGACUGGAUACAGUUCAGUUAAAAAAUGGCAAUGCCUCCCUUUUCCUUCCACAAAUACAGAUUAAUGAAGAGGGUAAAUAUAUUUGUUUUGUGACUGUUACUCCGGUUAAAGCUGAAGGAGCCACCAUUUUAGAUCUAGUUGCUCAACCAAGUGUCAAACUGUCUCCGAAGGAACUUCAAAUAGAAAAAGACAAGGAAAAGACAUUGUCAUGUAUUGUGAAUCAGUUCUAUCCUAAUUCAAUUGUCAUUCUCUGGCAAAAGCAUUCUAAGCACACAUUGGAUAAAAGUGUAUCUGCAGAAGAUAUUUGCACAGAAACUUCUGUGAGAAAUGGUGAUGGCACUUUCAACAUCACCAGUAAACUGAGACUUCAACCAUCUUCACAAGAUCAAGGAAACGUCUAUAGUUGUACUGUGGAGCAUAAGUCAUUUGUCAGAUAUCCAGUCUACAAUGUAACUUUGACAGUAACAGAACCUAAGUUGAUUGCUGAGGUAAUAAUUGGAAUAGUUGCAUGUCUCCUUUUGAUUGUAAUUGGGUACCUUCUAUACAAGACUUUUUUAAAGAAAAGUCCACCAUCCUUGGAAAUAGUUGGAAAUGAAGAAUUGAAGCAUUUGGAAGAAACACAGUUGCAAUGCUUGAUUUCACACUUUCGACCUAAGCUUUUGCAUAUAACUCUGUUCUUAGUAACUCAAACCCAGAGUACAAAACAGAAAAUAGCCUCUUGGUGUUCAACAUCAUUUGAUGAUCCUGAGGAAGGUAGUGAAAAUUUUCCUCUCCUUGGGAACUUGGAGGACAUGUUUAGAUUUUAUCCAGAGUUGAAAUCAAAACCAAAAGGCUAUUCUGACAUUCACUGCAAAAUCUGCAUCAAUCCAAAUAUACAGAAGCUGGAGAAAUUUGACCUUUUAUUAGAAGUUAAACAUAAGGGCUUUCAGCGUGGAUUGUGUACUAAAACAAAAUCAUUUAAAGUCAUAGCCUUGCCACUGCUUCGUGAAGUUCAGUGUUCCACAAAUGUGCCAAGACCAGAUGAGCCUCUCACUCUUAGCUGCAAAAUCCAUUCUUAUUUCCCGGAAACCCUUGAAGUCUGUUGGUAUAAAAAUGAUGAAAUUCUAGACAGUCCCUUUACAAGCCCACCCACAAAAGGUCCUGAUGGGCUUUUCUUCUGCAUCAGCAAGGUUCAAUAUUGCCCCCAAGUGGCAGAUUCUGGAAAGAGGUUUGUCUGCAGAGCUAAGCUGGAAGGCUCACAGGAGUACAAAGAAUCUGCAUGGCAGAUGAACACUCUGGUGCUUGCCCCCAAAGUUUGCAAAAUGGAAUGUAAGCCCCCUGUACCUGAGUGUGGGAAAUCUAUCACACUGACUUGCUCAUUGACAGAAUACCAUCCACCUGAGUGUGACUUUUGUUGGAGAAAAGGCUUUGAACAACUCACCAAUGUUACACUUAAAACAGAGGAACCACAGUUGAACAGAACGUCAAAGCUGUACUCUAGGACAAGUGAAAUAACCUUUACACCCAGUGCAGAAGACCAUGAAGUAGACUUCUCUGUUGAAAUAAAUCAUUACAACAAAAUUUUAAGGAAAGGAUAUACAGUCAUGUUGAAAGGUUUUCCCAAAGUUUCAAAUAUUGUUAUUGAACCAAGUGAUGUUGAUUAUGGAGAAACUAUAACUUUAACCUGUGACAUCACAGAUUUCCAUCCUAAAAACAUUUGUACUCAAUGGUUCCUCGGAGAUAAUUCAAUACGGAAUGGUGCAAUCACAAAGGGACCAGAGAUGGCUUCUAAUGAUUGUUUCAAGUUAACUUCUGUGUUGCAACUAAGAGCUACUGCUUCAGUUUGUGAUAAGGCCAUUUGUUUCAGGGUGACUCAUACGAAACUGAAAAAAGCCAUUACGAGAGAAGUGUACCUAAAGCUUCCAGCCAAACGCCCUGUUGUGUCUGAAAUAAAGGCAACCCUAGCUCACAAGAGCAUCCUUCUUGAAAUUUCUAUAUCACAAUUUGCACCUCAUGAUAUACAAGUAAGAUGGUACCAAGGCUGGAAACAAAUAUCUGAAAAUAUCAAUCCCAGUAACAUAGACAUUGGAGAAGAUCACUUAUGUUAUUUUGUAAGUAAAAUACACUUAGAGCCAAAAGCAAUAGACUUUGGGAAGACAAUACGAUGCGAAGUUAAACAUCCAACAUCUACUGAGGAAAAAAGCUUAAUACUGAAUAGCAGAGAUUUCUCUGGAUUUCUUGAGGAAACCCAACAUCAUCUAUGAGUCAUAACCACUUCGAACUCCUACAAAUCUUGAUGUGUCUCAGAAGCCCAUCAAGAGACAGCUGCUGCAAUGCCUCCUGUGUGGUGAGGUCUUCUCUGACAGAGGCCACAUCUUUAGGACAUACCAAAGUGUUUACUCACUGUACUGCCUUGAGCAACUCUGCUCCUAUUACACUGACUCUGGAUUCUUUGCAUUUGCAACCUGUGAAGAGACAAGGGACUGGUGAAGUUGUCUAGCUUGUGACCUUGAAAGGUAUGCUACUUUUAAUGGAAGCAAAAUAUGAGCAAGCAAGGUUAACUUGGCUGAGGCAAAUAAA